UACGAUAUCUUGGGAGUCGAUCGCUCAGCAACUUCAAUUGAAAUCAAAAAAGCAUACAGAAAAUUAGCAUUAUCACAUCAUCCAGAUAAAGUACCAGAAGACCAAAGAGAAGAAUCAGAGAUUAAAUUCAAGGAAAUCUCAGCUGCAUAUGAGAUCCUAAUUGAUGAUACCAAAAGAUCAAAUUUUGAUCAAUACGGUGAUGCUAAUGGUCCUUCAUCUAAUGGGUUUGGAGGCAAUAGUUAUGGAUAUGAUGACGUUCCUGGUUUCGGACCUGAAGAUUUCUUUAGUUUCUUCAAUGGAGGUGCUGGUGGCCAUCCAGGUGCUCAUGCGAGACAACGUGCUACAAAGACUGAGGAUGCUAAACUAGAUAUUAAUGUCACUUUGGCUGAUCUAUACAAUGGGAAAACUGUAAAGAUCACAUCAACAAGAAAUAUAUUAUGUGCAUUGUGUAAAGGGUUAGGUGUCAAGGCUAAUGCAAAGACUAAACAAUGUGGUGUUUGUAAAGGUGAAGGCUACGUUAGAAAGAUUAGAAGAGUUGGUCCUGGUAUGGUUACUCAGGAUUAUGUGGAUUGUACAACUUGUAAAGGUAAAGGUGUGAUUUAUAGAUCCAAGGAUAAAUGUAAGAAAUGUGAUGGUAAAACAACUGAAGAAGAAACUAAAAUAUUGGAAUUUGUUAUAGAGAAAGGUUCAAGCUUUGGUGAUUCUAUAGUGUUGAAGAAUGAAAGUGAUGAAGCUUAUGGUAAAGAAGCUGGUGAUGUCAUAUUGACAAUUCAUGAAAAAUCUACAAAUGAAACAUUUGAAAGAAUGAAAAAUGAUCUAUAUGCUGAUCUUACUAUAUCAUUAGCUGAAUCAUUAUGUGGUUUCAAAGAUAAGAUAAUAUUGAAACAUCUUGAUGACAGAUUAUUGAAAAUCUCCACUCCAACUGGUAAAGUGCUAAGACCUAAUGAUUUCUUGAAAAUUGAAGGUGAAGGUUUCCCAAUUAAAAACAGUUCAAAGAGAGGUGAUCUAUAUCUAAAAGUUGUUGUGGAAUUCCCACCUGAUAAUUGGUUCACGGAAAAGGCUGAAUUACAAAAAGUUUUAAGUAUAUUACCAGGUUCUUCAGAAAAAAUCAUUGAUGAAGACAUUUCAAUCAACAAUGUUGAUAUUGUUGAUUUCAAAGUGAUACACUAUGAUAACCUACCAGAAUAUGUGGAGGAUGAUGAGAAU